GUCACACCUAUAUAUUGUAUCCGACACAUCGUCAUCGCUCGCGAUUUCUGUCGCUAUCUAAUCUUGCAACCUCGCAACAGCGCUACUGGAGAUCCAACCCAACAUUCACACAACAAGAUUGAGGUGAUUAUUGUUCAAAUCAGGAAACAUGGCGGCACCAUCCAGCAUUGAUAUCAAAAAUUUGGACGGCAAAUGGUCCAUGAACAAAAGCCUAUCUGACCCUUUCGAUCCCGUGCUCGCUCUCCAAGGCAUCGGCUGGCUCACUCGCAAAGGCCUCGGCGCAGCAACUUUAACGCAACAUCUCCGCCAAACACCCGCCACAGGUGAAGAUGGCGCACCUACAACCGACAUCACCAUCGAGCAAUUCGUGACCGGUGGUAUCAAGGGCAAUGUCGAGAAGCGCAUUCUAGACUGGUCCAUACGCGCGCACACAGAUUGGCUGUUUGGUACUGUCCAAAGUAAGAAUCGCUACUCUAGGCUCGCCAAGAUCAAGGAAGAAAACAAUGGUCAACCUGCCGAUGCGGAAUUCCUGGCGGAAGGGUGGUUAAAGGAAACUGAGGAGGGGGAAAUAGUGGAAGGCUUUGCGGUUAAUGAGAAGCAGGGGUGGACGGCGUGGCAGAUUUGGGGGUUUGCAGAUAUUGGUGGGGAGAGGAAGUUAGCGAGGAGGUUUGUGGUUAGGAAGACGGGGACGGAUGAGUUUACUAGGGUGAGACUGGUUUAUGAUUACUUGGAAGCGUUGUAGUGAAGGAGUAUGUGCGAAAGGUCUGGGCAUCUACCCUGCUGUAGUUUCUCUAACCUUGUGUGGUCCCUUGUAACUGAGACCAUCAAUAUAAUUGAUGACGUGUCGAGUCCUU